CAGCGCCGCGCGGGCCGGCCGGCGUGGUGGACAAGAUGGCGGCUCCCAUGGAGCUGAGCUGCUGGGGAGGAGACUGGGGGCUGCCGUCCCUGCACCCGGAGUCUCUCACCGUCAUGGCUUACGCCAAAUUUUCUGGUGCUCCCCUGACAGUGAAUACCAUAAAUAACUCCUGGAGGGCUCCGAAAGGAGAUCUGCCACUUUUGGUAUCAGAAGAUAUUGUUAUUUCUCAGCCAGCAAAAAUACUAAACUUCUUAAGAAAGCAGAGAUACAAUGCUGAUUAUGAUUUGUCUGCAAAACAAGGCGCUGAUACACUGGCAUAUAUUGCACUACUUGAAGAGAAACUGCUUCCUGCUCUGCUGCACACUUUCUGGAUUGAGGCUGAAAAUUACUGCAGUGUGACAAAGCCAUGGUUUGCCUCAAGGAUUGCCUUUCCAAUGAGUUUGUAUGUGCCUGGAAAGAUGUCCAGGGAGGCGCUGAACAGGAUCUUGCUGACGAAGGGAGGCCCUCCACUCUACAGUCUCACUGAAGUGGAAGCACAGAUAUACAGGGAUGCCAAGGAGUGUCUAAAUCUCCUGUCAAAGAGAUUGGGAACAUCUCAGUUUUUCUUUGGAGAUACGCCUACCACCUUGGAUGCCUUUGUGUUUGGUUUCCUUGCACCAAUUUAUAAAGUGUGCUUCCCAAGGGUACAGUUGCAGGAGCAUUUGAAACAGCUUCCCAAUCUGUGUCGAUUUUGUGAUGAUAUUUUAACUUGCUACUUCAGGUUAACCGUCUCAGGCCAUUCUCCAGCUGGACAGGAUACAGCAGAUGCUAAUCUGCAGAAACUCACACAGCUUGUAAAUAAGGAAUCCAACUUGAUUGAAAAGAUCCGGCUCUCAUUGUUUCUCUGCAGAUGGAUGACAACCUUCGUAAGAGUCCUCAGCAUCCCCCUCGUAAGCUCACAACGCUCAAGCUUGCUGCAGGUGGAGAAGAAACUAGUCCAAUGAGUCGUUUAUCACCUUGACAUCUCUUGCUGCCCAUAUACAUGUGUCUUGUAACUCAACUGAGUGCCACAGUAAAUUUUUUUCAUGUGAAUGUUUUGCAAGGGAAGAAUCUGCUAAUGGGUACAAGUAGGGAAGAAAUAGAGCUUUACAAUCUUCUAUCUACCUGUUCUUUUAAGAAAUUGCAUGGAUCAGGCUGGCCACACACUACACUGAAGCUAAGCUAAGCUAAACAAAGCUUGUUACUGCAGAUGUUAACAUGAUUUUGUACAGCAUACUUUUGCCUUUAGCCUAGCAGAAAUGUUUACCUAAAGUUAAAAAUCUGCUUGUGGAAUGUUCACUGUUACUUUUUCUUUGGGGUUUGAUUUUACUGUAACCAUGUUACUGUAUGUGAGUGGAUAUACUCUUUGUCUGAGAAGGACAAAGUCCAGUUGCAAAGUCUGAAAAGACAAAAUGUUGCCAUUCAUGGCAGCCGAGAAAUGAAAAAAAUGACAGGAAGGUAAAUAUUUUUGUUGUGCUUUAAUGAGCUUGGGAUUUGUGUUUUAUGGUGGUUUGUAUCUUUGAAAAUUUGUCAUGUUGUACUUUGAAGGGGAUUAUUGAUAAGCAUGUGCGCUAUGGGGAUUAAAAUGAUGCACAAUGCUAACA